GCGAGUAGGACUACAAGGAGUAGGACAUUUCUACUAGUUUACUAGUUAGUUCAACAGAGACUGUGAAGGUGGAGGGUCACAGAUAAAUUUCUUUAAAUGACAGUUUUGUGAAAUCCAAAUUGUUGUCAAUUAUAAAGAUUACUGAUUCAUAAGAGAGUCUUAGAAAGAGGGUUCGUUAGAAAUGAUCUGAGUCACUGAAGUGUUCCAAGAUGAUAAAAUUUCUUCUCUUUGUGUCUCUUUCCCUUGCAGCACACGCAUCUGAUAUCAAAGGUCCGCCCAUUGCAAGUCAAAGAAAUGUGUUUACGGUUGGUAGGAUGGGAGAAGAGAUAAAACUAAUCUGUCCUGUAGAGGGCAACCCAGCUCCCAUGAUAGAAUGGUUUAAAGGUGAUGAGAAAAUAGAUUUCCAGUUUACCAGAUAUAAACCAAACCGGAGAAAUCUAAAGAUACGGGACGCAUCUGUCUCGGAUUCUGGUCGAUUCUACUGCCGUGGAAUCAAUGGAUACGGGAAGGAGCAGAUUACAAUUGAUCUCAUCGUAAUUGAUCCCCUGGAGUUUCCAGAUCUGCCUGAGGGAGAACUGCCCGAUAUUUCUCCUCCCAGCUUCUCCACGGAUACCCUGAAAGCUAGAGUAGAAUAUGACAAGAAGGUUGGCGACACAAUCACCGUGUCCUGCACAGUUUCUGGUAAACCCUAUCCUGAGGUGAGCUGGUAUAAGAACGGAGUUCAAAUGUUCAACAAUAUUGAGUUCAGCGGAGAAACAUCCCUUCUACGGAUUCGUAACCUUAAAGUUGAGGAUUCUGGAACGUACACCUGCGUCGGACGCAAUAUGGCCGGAGAUUUGAGUAAAGAUUAUCGUCUGAGUGUACGUAACACGAUGCUAGACAAUCCUAUAAUAUUCAACACCCCGACCAAUCAGACAGUAAAGCAGGGUGAGUCUGCAUCCCUAGACUGUAGAGUUCAGAGUGCUAUUCAUCCUACAGUUAAAUGGUUGAAGAAACUAGAUCCUAGAGAACGAUACAGUGAUAUUGAAAUAAUAACCGUUGGAGAGGAGAGUUAUAGGAUUAUAGAAAGCCUAGGUAUUAACCCUAGUAUGUCGGAUAUUAAGAAAGAGGUUUAUGUGAGUCAGCUUGAACUUGUAAAUGUUAAACCAUCUGAUGCUGGGAUGUAUAUUUGUUUUGUGACUAAUAUUAUGGGCGGGUUCAACUUCAAGCCCGCCUACCUUACAGUCCUAGCCAGUAACGAGUCAAUGUUUGAGUCUCCCUUGGGGUUGUCCGUGUCUAUUGGAUUGGCAGGGAUUACUCUCAUCAUUAUCUUAUGUUUACUCUUCUGUCUGAUCAGGAAGAAGAACAAGAAACCUGAUCAGGAGGUUGGAGAGGUUCGGUCCACCCUUCUUAUACCCGCCGCACCUCCUAGUAUCCAGGAUACUGUUUACAGUAAAACUGGACAACCCCUUCCUCCUCCUCCAACCCCUGUACAGUGGUCCAUGGUGUACGGUCAAAAUGUACAAACAAGCUAUACAGAUUCAAGUCAGUAUGGUGGAAAUACAUACGAAGUUCCCCGCUACGGCGAUUAUGUACAAAAUCCGCGAAUAUCGCCAGUUGGCGGUUUUGUGUACGGCGGGUACAGAAAACAACAGUCAGAUAUUUAUUGAGCUUAUUAGUUUAAACUAACUUAUACUCCAGUAAUCCCCAAUUCAUCCUUCUCCAUCUACUUAGAUUCAUACUGAUGAUAAACCAACAUAUUUUCUGUGAUAUAUAUUGUAUCUAACACCUAUGUAGCAUAAAAUAUUUGUUAGAAAAUUAAUAAAAAAAUGUUUUGACCUA